AGACAGCGACGGAAACGCGCACAAGGAGCGCUUCUGGAACAGCAGCAUCCCAGCAGUCACUGACUUCAGCACAGCACUCAGACAGAGUAAUGGGAGGAGCAGUGGUGGACGACGGGCCUACAGGGGUCAAGGCACCAGACGGCGGCUGGGGAUGGGCAGUGUUGGUUGGGUGUUUUGUCAUCACUGGGUUCUCCUACGCCUUCCCCAAAGCUGUCAGCGUCUUCUUCAAGGAGCUGAUCCGAGAGUUCGAUGUCGGCUACAGCGACACUGCCUGGAUCUCAUCAAUACUGCUCGCCAUGCUGUAUGGCACAGGCCCUCUUUGCAGUGUGUUGGUGAACAGAUAUGGCUGUCGACCAGUGAUGAUGGUUGGAGGGCUCUUCGCUUCACUGGGAAUGAUUCUGGCUUCCUUUGCUAAGAGCAUCAUACAUAUAUACCUCUGCACUGGAGUUAUAACAGGUCUGGGUCUGGCAUUGAACUUCCAGCCCUCUUUGAUAAUGCUGAAUCGCUACUUCAGUGAGAAACGUCCUCUAGCCAAUGGCCUGGCAGCAGCGGGCAGCCCUGUCGCACUGUGCUGCCUCUCCCCGCUGGGACAGGUUCUCCAGCACCACUAUGGCUGGAGGGGGGGGUUCCUCAUACUGGGAGGGAUGCUGCUUAACUGCUGUGCUUGUGGUGCUCUCAUGAGGCCUCUGUUGCCCCCUAAGAAGCCCCUCGAGCUGGAAGAGAACGCUCCCAAAGCUGCAGACAAGCCCCAGCCAAAGAAGAAACUGCUGGACUUUAGCGUGUUCAAAGACAGAGGUUUUGUCAUCUAUACCACAGCAGCAUCCAUUAUGGUGCUGGGCUUGUUUGUUCCACCUGUGUUUGUCGUCAACUAUGCUAAAGGCCUCGGCUAUGAGGACACAAAGUCAGCAUUGCUGCUCACCAUCUUGGGAUUUGUUGAUAUGUUUGCCCGACCCGCAUCAGGACUCAUAGCAGGCACGAAGUGGGUACGGCCCAGAAGUGUCUACCUGUUCAGCUUUUCAAUGCUCUUCAAUGGAAUCACAGACCUCGUAGGAUCACAGGCAAAUACCUAUGGAGGUCUGGUGGUCUUCUGUAUUUUCUUUGGAAUCUCCUAUGGCAUGGUGGGAGCGCUCCAGUUUGAGGUCCUCAUGGCCAUUGUAGGGACAGAGAAGUUUUCCAGUGCUAUCGGCCUGGUGCUGCUGAUGGAAGCUGUUGCCGUACUGGUGGGACCUCCUGGUGCAGGUCGCCUUCUUGAUGCCACACACCAGUACAUGUACGUGUUCCUGUUGGCGGGCUGUGAGGUCACGCUGUCGGCCUUUGUCAUGGCCUUGGGUAAUUUCUUCUGCAUUAAAAAGAAAAAUGAAGAUGUAGAUGCAAAGAUGGAGAUGGCCGUAAAUGCUGCAGAGAAAGUGGGGCUCAACGGCAGGGUGGAAGACGAGGGAGAUGACGAAAGCAAAGAGGAGUCAAAGGGAAAAGACAAUGGAAAGGUCAAUGCUUUGAAAGGGGGAGAAGAUGUGAUGGUGGUGAAGGAGGUGGGGGAGGAGAAUUCUGAGACAACAUUAUGAAGACUGUUGAUGAGACAAACUGUGUACCAAGAGGAUACACAAUAAUGACUGAUGAUGAUAUGUGGCAAAGAAAUUGAAUGAGGAGCUACACAAAAAAAGGGAUGGUGUACCUGCAUAGAAAUUAUUUAAUGGUUUUAGAAUUAAGAACUGGUUACCUUUCAGAAAAAUAGAGAAUAGAAGAAUUACAUUUCUGGUUAACUAUGUGCCUUCAUACUGUAACUAUUUAUGUAGCUAUUAUCAUUCUGUUGGGGUGGUUUAGAUUGAGACAUGUAGCGUAAACAUAAAACCACUUUAUGGAACUGAUCUUGUGAAGUUCAUGCCUUCGUCGGCCAGAGUUGUUGUAGCAGCAGGAGAUUCUCCACAAUGUUAGGCAGGUGGUUUUAAGGUUGGGGCUGAACGUUGUAAUGGUCCAAAGUUAACACUCAAAUUUCACAUGUUGUUGCAUUCUUUUGCCUUAUUUAUUUACAGACUUAUUUUUUGUAUUGGCAAGUUAUGCAACAACAGGACCACACUCAAAAAGAGGUUGUAGGAAUUCAUUUAACAUUUGGGGUGCAAUUUCAAAUAAAUCUUUGAUGUGUUCUUGAUUGCUGUGACACUGAACAUGCAUCCAGUCGCUGCCUGUUGCAUUUGUCUGUAGAAUACUUGAACAAACUUGAAUGUUAAGUCUCAGUUGAUGAAUGUAUUGCCUACAUUGUCUUUGAUGCACUGCUUAAUGCUGCAACACUGCUACCAGGACAGAUACUGUAAUGUGUGCUCUACUGCGUGUGUGCAUGUUUGAUCGGACGAUCAACAGGCAAACACUAGACAGCAAGCACGACUUGCUUGGGUAAAGAAAGGUAGCACACAUCUGCCGCAGUUAUGCUGCUUUUGUUCUGAGUGAUGUCCACACAACAGACAUGUAAUGUCUCUUUGGCCUGAAUAAAUAUAUUUUCUGAGAAACAUUA